AUGUUUGCCUUCACGUCUCUUGGUGGUAAGGUUUUGGAUUCAGUGAAUGAUGGGAGUGGUCCACCGCAAUUUAUAAUAACUGGUCAAAAUUAUCAUCGGAUUGGAAGUUUGCUCCCGGAUCCUGGUCAGAAGCCUAAAUUUGCACAAUUAUAUAUAUAUGACACUCAGCAUGAGAUAAUGCAUAGGCAGAGAAUCUUUCGGCAAACAUCUGAGAUAGAUAAAGAAUUGAUAACUGAGUUAUUACAAAUGAUCGAUACUCAUAAUGUCAUAGCACAGUCAUUUCGAAGAGUCAGAGAAUUCUAUCAGUGUCAUCCAUCCGAGAUCUUCUCUUUGAAGUUGUAUUCGCAUAGGAAAGUUGAUCGAAGAACUUACAAUACUCCCUCUUGUGAUGAAGUUGCUGCUCUGAUUGUUGGAGAUUUUGAUUCGUCGGAUCAUGGUUGUGACAUUAUUGUUCGAUCUACUGCUGGUAUGUAUACUAUUGAGUUUCAAAAAAGAGGUCUACCACAUGCACACAUGUUACUAUGGCUUAACGAGGAAAGCAACUUACAAAGUGUUGAAAUUGUUGAUGAAUUCAUAUGUGCCGAGCUACCCAAUCCCCUCAAAUUUCCAGCUCUUUAUAAUGUCGUCACCAAGUACAUGAUCCAUGGUCCCUAUGGUCGACUUAGACCGAGUUCUCCUUGCAUGAAAGAUGGUAAGUGCUCAAAAUUUUAUCCGAAAAGAUUCGUUGAUCAAACGAGCUUUGAUGAAGAUGGCUAUCCGAUAUAUAGACGUCGUAAUAUGGGUGUGACAGUGAAGAUCAACAACGUUGAUAUUGACAACAGAUUUGUUGUGCCUUAUAAUCCACAGCUGUUAAUGAAAUAUCAAGCUCACAUAAAUCUUGAGUUUUAUAACAAGUCAAACAUCAACAAGUAUCUUUUUAAGUAUAUCAAUAAGGGUCCGGAUCGGGUGACUGCAACUGUUAGAGAAACAUAUCAUGUUGGUGAAUCUUCUCAGGUGGUUGAUGAGAUCAAACAGUAUUACGAUUGUCGUUAUUCAUCACCGUCUGAAUCCAUGUGGAGAAUUUUUGCUUAUGAUAUUCAUCAUAGAUGGCCGUCAGUACAGAGGUUGACUUUUCAGUUGCCGAACCAGCAGCAUGUUGUAUUCGAUGAUGCUGAUAUCACUACUCAUAUUUAUUUGCGCAACAAAGAUUUGCUAACGAUGUUUACGGGUUGGAUGAUGGCCAACAGGCGAUUUUCGGAUGGGCGGUCUUUAACAUAUGUUGAAUAUCCAGGAAAAUUUGUCUAUUGUUCGAACAGUAGGGAGUGGAAGCCGAGACAGAGGGGAUUCUCAAUUGGAAGAUUGAGUUUUGCUCAUCCCUCAUCUGGUGAACUUUUCUAUAUGCGGAUGCUUUUGAAUGUGCAGAGAGGUUGUACCAGUUUUCGAAGUAUAAGAACCGUGAAUGGUGUUACUUAUGAUACAUUUCAGGAGGCAUGUUCUGCCAUGGGAUUCUUGAUAGAUGAUAAGGAGUAUGUUUCUACUAUUAAGGAAGUCGCCGAGGUAGCGUCCGCUACACAGCUAAGGAAGCCUUUUGUGAUGUUGUUACUAUCUGGUUCCAUGGGAAGGCCUCUGUCAGUUUGGGAACAAACUUGGGCUUAUUUGUCUGAUGAUAUUCUUUAUCGCAGAAGGCAUGAGCUGCAAUAUCCUGAUCUAACGAUGAGUCAGGAUGAGUUGCAAACAUUUUUUUUGUUGGAGAUUGAGAAACUAUUGCAGAGUAAUGGAAAAUCAUUGAGAAAUUAUGCUGACAUGCCGGUUCCUAAUAACUCUUUAGUCUCUCAAUUUAGCAACUUGAUGCUGCUGCGUGAGUUGCAGUAUGACACAGUUUCUUUGACUCGUGAGCAUGAUGUAAAUGUGUUAAAGUUAAAUGAAGAACAGAGGGUGGUCUACGAUAAAAUCAUUGAUUGCGUUUCGAAUAAGAGGGUUUUGUCGGCUAGAUUACGAUCUGAGAAAAGGAUUGUUAUAAACGUUGCUUCUAGUGGUAUUGCUUCUCUGUUGUUACCUGGUGGUAAGACGGCUCACUCUAUGUUCAAUAUUCCUGUUGAGCUGACUGAAGAUACUGUUUGUAAGAUUAAGAAGGAUAGUGCAAAAGCUGAGGUAAUCCGAAUGGCCGAUUUGAUUAUUUGGGAUGAGGCACCGAUGACUAACAAAUUGGCAUUUGAAGCGCUCGAUAAGACGUAA